AUGGAGAAGAUCACUCUAAUGCGAAAAAGACUUAUCGAGGUUCAGAAUCGACAGAAGGGAUACACAGAUCAUAGAAGCAGAGAUAUGGAGUUUGUAGAAAGAGAUAAGUUGUUUCUGAAAGUUGCACCAGUGAAAGGAGUGACCCAUUUUGGGAAGCAAGUUAAAUUGAACCCUCAAUACAUUGUCCCUUAUGAAAUCUUAGAGCGAGUAGCUUCAUUAGCAUAUCUCGUAGCACUUCCGCCACAUCUAUCUGGGAUCCACAAUGUUUUUCACAUGUCAGCAUUACAAAAGUAUGUCAUCAACUCUUCACAUGUGUUGGAGGUCGAAUCUAUUACAUUCCUCAAGAUUCUGUCAUACAAGGAGGUACCCGUAAGAAUUGUUGAUAAGAAGGAGAAUGAAUUACACAUAUACAAAUCCCAAUGGUCAAAGUAG